UGAUACGUGGCUGUCUGGAGCAGCGGAUGGUCUGAAGACGGUUAGAGCCGCGGUGACCCACAGUCUCUGGUGCGCUGCAGCUAGCGGCUCCCUGCCUGCAGGAGCAGCCGCAGCAGCUGGAGUCUGGAGGAACCCUGCCUGCAUCUUAUCAAGCCGGCCUGGAUGGCAGGGAUACACUGGUGCAAAGAUUGCCGAAAUCACAAGUUUUCUCCCCCUAUAGCAUUACUGGUUGCAGGUAUUUUUCGGACCGUGGAACGGAUGAAAGGUGGACGUUACUGGAGGCCCAGCUGGGCUGUAGCUGCUCUGUUUAUCCCGGUCGCCCUGCUGAUGCUGACCUCCAGGGGGGCAUCAAGCGGCCAGAAGAUGACACAAACAGCUAUGGCUCAUGCAAUGGCCACAGCUGCAGGACCAGGCCCCAGCCUGAUGGAUGACCUCCCAGGCCUCCGGGCAGUAGCAGACUUCUUAGCCAGUGAGCGUGCUCAUGUUUGGCUCCUGUCUCUGGUGGGCUCUGUUGCUGUAGGCCUCAGUGGGAUUUUCCCCCUGCUUGUCAUUCCCAUUGAAGCUGGAGCAGCCCUCAAAACAGAAGCUGGAUGCCAUAAGCUAAAACAGCUCUUGAGCUUUGCUAUUGGUGGUCUCCUGGGCGAUGUAUUCCUUCAUCUCCUUCCUGAGGCUUGGGAGCUCUCUGGCUCUUCAGCUGGUAAACAGAACCACUACAUGACACAAGGCUUGUGGGUAAUUAUCGGUCUGCUAGCCUUCCUACUCCUGGAGAAAAUGUUUCCAGACCAAGACAGCCCUGAGAAUCCCGCUUCAGUCUCUGACCUGAAUUUUAACUCUGCUACACAGCCUAAUUCAGUUUUCAGUGGAAAAGCAGUGGUAUCACUCAGUAAUGGGCACCAUGCUGAGUCAUGGAAAUCCUCCAAGCAACAGAGUCUGCAGGAAAGAUCAGAGAAAAUCAAGAUGAGUGGAUACCUAAACUUACUUGCCAACUGCAUUGACAACUUCACCCAUGGACUGGCAGUAUCUGGGAGUUUCCUGGUUAGCAAGAAGGUUGGCUUCCUCACCACCUUCGCAAUUCUGCUCCAUGAAAUCCCACACGAGGUGGGGGACUUUGCCAUUCUGCUGAGGGCCGGGUUUGAUCGAUGGAGUGCUGCCCGCAUGCAGGUGACGACAGCGCUGGUUGGGGUUUUGGGAGCUUUCUUUGCUCUGUGCACUCAGUCACCAAAAGGUGCAGACAAUGCCAGUAGCUGGAUCUUGCCUUUCACUUCUGGAGGCUUUCUCUACAUAGCCUUGGUGAAUGUGGUACCUGACCUUCUGGAGGAAUCCAGUUUUAGGCACUCCCUCAUGCAGGUACUGCUCAUUUUCUGUGGUGUGGCUGUCAUGGCUCUGCUCUCUGCCAUUCUUGACUGCUAAUGGACGAAACACCCUUCUUGCCUUACUAAACACUAAAAUUCAGCAGUGGAGAGACAUCCUGUUUUCCCCAACCUCCUCAUAUCUGUUACCCCUCAUUCAUGGAAACAGGAUCUUGAUUAAGGAAGUUUUAUCGUCACAUUGCUCAAAAAAAAAAAAAAAAAAAAGUAUGACAGAGGAACGGCACUUUAUGGAGGGAUGACUGUUGACGGGACAUUUGUGUGGACGCUUUAUAAAUGUGCCGUACUUGGAUUACUUGGUGUUCUGUUACCAAAUUUUCUUCUGUUGAUCAGACAAUCAUGUUUUGCACAUGUAUAUUUACACAGGUACACCUGAUGUACCUGGUCAGAACAGGUAUUACUGGCCCUGUACAAGGACCUCCCUCUUUAGUGUAUUCAGACCUAAAUUGUUUAAAUGUUGUGUGUUGUUACUGCUGCCCAUCUUCUGUUUCUCAUGUAGCUGCUGCAUAUUUAUUGAAAAUGAGAACACAGCUUUAUCAGGCGUGCACCACCACCAUGUUGUCAUUUUUGCCUCGUUGAGAAAUAAGUACCAAAAAGUCAGGAUGGUCCGUCGCUUUAGUGUCGGCUCCGCACCAAAGUACACUCCAUUUGCUUUUGUCUCCCUCACGCAAUCAGUCUGCACCUUAGCUCUGCUUGUACUGCGUAUGUCAGUUUGAUACAGCUGAAAUUUGUUGAAGAAGCUGAUGAUUGGUGUUGUUUGUUAAUAUUUUGUUCUCACUAACAAUUUUGGGACUAGACAGAUUUUUUUUAGAAAGUUAACCGUGCAUAUUUUUUAUGUCAUGUUACUAUAAAGUUUCCACCAAUGAAUAAAAUCAAUAGUAAAUUUCUAGCAUCUCUGUAUAAACACAGGAGUUUAUUUUUAACUUUAGUCUCCACGCAUUAGCAGAGAAGAGGAAGCACUGGGACACGUGAUUCAGUGGAUUUGGGAUAUUUGGACUGAUAGAGUUGUAUAAGGGUGCUGAGGCGUCCCAGUGCGUUGAACUGACCUCACCACCAUGAGCAUAAUUUUACUGCAAAAGGUCCUUUGCCUAAAAUGUCAUAUGGGAGUGGGGGGAGGAGGGUAUUGAUUGUGUGUUCACACUUGUCCAAUUUCAACACAGUCUAUUUGGCAAGCUUCUGUUGCCAUAACGACUCCGCCACGGGUUGCCUUCCUUAGUCAUCAGCCUGUGAGCAGCUUAUUGUCUGUGGGAGCCUUCCUAAGUCACAGCACAGAAGGACAACCAACAACCACUAUUUACUCUGUAGUGGAAGACAUUCACUGGCAAAUGGUACAAACAAAUCUUUCAUUCUUAUUCCCAUUCCUAUGUAGUUUAGUCCAAGCGUUUAUUUCCUGGAAUCGGUGCUGAAAUAUGUCGCAGAUGGAUGUUAAUCAUAAUAUUUUGCUGAUGUUUACACACUCCUCUGAGAAUUUCACAUUUAGUAUUCAAAAAAACAAAACAAAAAACAAAGUCCUGCAAAAGCUUUUGUGUUUCAUGAUUUUAUACACCACUGCUGACAAUGUGUCUGACAUAGGCCAACCUUAACCAUAUAGUCGAUACACACACACACAUUAAAUCAUGAGUCAUUUACAGUUUUAAGUAUGGAUUUGCAAAUAUUGAAAUAAAAGUUUGUGGAAGAAUUUAA